GGAAAAACAAGUCUGCACAGUCAUUUUUAAGUCCACCCACCCUCCGUGUUUCUCGCACCACUAGCCCCCGCCCAGCCCCGCUGCCAGCGAGCUGAGCAGAGCCUCUGGCCACGUCUCAAAACACUGCUUCAUUUCAGCCGGACCAGCGGAGGAGGAGGGAGCCGAGCCGAGCCGAGCCGAGCAGCUGCUGGACGAGGACAGGAAAGAGGACCGGGGGGCUGUUUUAGAGCGCACGGUGCACCGACUGUCGACAGGCAAGACAAGACGAGACCAAAGACUGAAGUCCUGUCUUCUCUGCAGCAGAGGCAACACGCAGCUCCACAGAGAGAGAACGAACAACAGAAAACAUCCCGAUCAAGAAACCCCAAGCAGAGACCGACAGCCAUCAUGCCCCGGUGGAGAGUAAACCUCAGCACCAUGAUUUUCCUGGUGAUCCUACAAGGUGCAGCGGUGGUGCUCUUCUACGGCUGGUACGUCCAGUUCAGUCCCUGCAGCUCGUCACCGCCCAAUGGCAAAGUCCACGUCCUGCUGCUGUCAUCGUGGCGAUCAGGCUCGUCCUUCAUGGGUCAGGUGUUCAGUCAGCAUCCGUCUGUUUUCUAUCUUAUGGAGCCCGCUUGGCAUGUGUGGACCAAACUGCAGACACCGAGUGCGAGAGUCCUCCGGAUGGCCGUGAGGGAUCUGUUGCGAAACAUAUUCCAGUGUGACUUCUCUGCGGUGGAGUCCUACCUGCCAGAGCGUCACAAUGUGUCUUCCUUGUUUAUGUGGGCUCAGAGUCGAGCGCUUUGCUCACCGCCGGCCUGUUCUCUCACUCCACGCAACCAGUUCAGCAACCGGACUCAGUGCGCCCACGCAUGUGAUGCUUAUGGCCUGCAGGGCGUGCAGGAGGCCUGUGGCACUUACAGUCAUGUGGUGUUAAAAGAGGUCCGAUUUUUUGAGCUGGAAUCCCUCUACCCGCUCUUCCAGGACCCUAGCUUAGAUCUCCGCAUUAUCCACCUGGUCCGAGACCCUCGGGCGGUCAUGCGUUCUAGAGAGGAGUCGGCCGCUUCCUUCGUAAAAGAUAACGCCAUCGUCUUGGAGCAGAGGAACAUACCAGCAGCCGAUGUGCAGUAUCACGUCAUGCAGGAGAUCUGCCGUAGCCAUGUGCGCAUCAACGAGAGGGCCAUCCUGAAGCCCCCUCCGUUUUUAAAAGGCCGUUACAAAAUGGUACGCUACGAGGACGUGGUCCGCAACCCGCUCGAGUCGAUAAAUGACAUGUUCGAGUUCGUAGAUCUGAAGAUGACCAAUGACUUGCAGAAUUGGAUCUACAGGGUGACCCACGGAAAAGGCACGGGCACCAGGAAAGAGGCCUUCGAAAUCACGUCACGAAACGCAAACGAUGUCUCCCAGGCUUGGCGUAGCACACUGCCCUACGGCAAAGUCAAACGCAUCCAGGAAAUGUGCAAAGGGGCCAUGUCAUUGCUCGGAUACAGGACUGUUGACAGUGAAAAGGAACAGAAGAAACUUGACAUAGAUCUACUAGUGCCACGGGAACCAUAUCAGUUCAGUUGGUUGCCAACCAAAACAGAGCAUCCAAGUAAUACUUAAAGGGUGACACACACCAAGAGACUACACUGGACUGAAGUCUGUAUUGUUUAUAGGCUUUAUAUGUCUUUAAUGAGUGCAUUCAUCAACUGAGGGAACUUUGGCACGAUGUCCAAGGUUAAAGCAUUGAUUUGUGCCCUCACAUUGACGGUGGAGCGAGACGAUUGAAAUGUGAAAUAACAGAAAUAUUGUAUGAGAAUACAUUUUGAGAGACAGAGAGGCUGACGCAAGGGAUAGAAAAUACUGCAACCCCGAUGCAUUUGGAGCUAAACUAGAAAACCAAGAUUCACAAAGAUUUGCUGACAUUUUAUGAACAGACUCAGUGUUCUGAGCUUCACUUCAGGCUCAUGUGGUAAACACAAAAUCAAUCUUACAACAACUCGGAUUGGCUUCGGUCUUCACAACCCCUUUCAGAAGAUUUUAUACAGUUUUGUUUUCAGUGUGUGUAAAUUAUUUGGUAGGAAUCAUAACAAAGUUAACAGAUAAUAACUUUGUGUUUGUGAAGCGUGGUGGGCGUGUGUUUUUCUUACCUGAAGGUGUAUCUGAUGAUUUGUGGAGCGGCUUCUGGGGUUGCAAUGGUAUGAGAAAAUAUCACGGUAUAUGGUAUUACACAUUAGUUGAAGUCGUCAAACACAGAUGCUUUGGGUUUUUAAAAAAAUACCAAAGCGAAAGUAUUUGACAACCUGGGAGAACAAUCUUUAACCCUUCUUCUAGAUUCUUAGGUUUUUCUAGGUUUUUCACAAAAUAUUAUGUCUUUGAUAUUUUAUUUAAAGGUCCAGUUUGUCAGUUUUAGGGGGGCUCUACCAUUUGACGCAAACACUGGCUCUGUUUUUUUUCAUGGCCACAGUAGGUUCCCCUACACGCUUGAAAGGGGUGGACGAGGUGAUGGGCUUGCGAUCAGCAACUAUACUGCUUAAGGCCACUAAAUCCUACACACUGGUCCUUUAAAUAACACUAAUGUGAUAGAAUUCAGUACUGUAGACAAGCAAAUGUAAAUGGUAUUUUCAUACAGUGGUGUUGGGCUACCACUGCAAUUGGAAGUGUCUGUAACUAAUGUGAAUUCACUCCAUUUGAAGCUGGUGCGACGACCCUUUCGUUGUCUUACGCUGUGUCUCAGUUCGUAUACUUCCAUUAGUGCACGUCUAUGCAGUAGCAUGUGUAGUUUCUUGUCUUUCACAGAAUUCCAACUAACACCAACAUAAGUCUACCAAAAUACAAAUAUGAAACAAACGUACAGCAUUUAUCGCAACCUCUUUAGCUCCAGCAGCUUCCUCUGCCUUCAUUUUCACAAUGCUGGUGGUCCCUCUCCUUCAGCUACAUUAUUCAAAAUGACUGUUUGACCACACUCAACUUUUGACUGUUGCGUGUGGCACUGAUGGACUCAAAGUAGGAGGUGUAAGUUUGGAAAUACAUGAACUGCGACACAGCGUUGGUAAACUCAGUACGAACAUACAGUAGAUGACAUGGAUGGAACGUCGUCAGCUGAUUAAGGUCAGUGGGGUUAUUUUGGCUUUACACUCUCCUUUCCUACAGUUUACAUCCAUCCUGUAAUAUUGUCUUGAAACUCCAACAAGUCUAUAGCACAUUAACUACACAUCCACACUGCUGACAUUUCUGAUGUACGCAUCGUUUAUCUGUGUUGACUAGUUUUAAUAAAUUUCUCCUUUUUUAAGUGAAACACUUGUGUGGACUCCCUCCUGUCCCAACAGGAAACUUGCUCAGUGAUAACACUGAAACAGGAUGUUUGUGACGGGAUGUUAUGAGUCACUCGUUCUCAAAGUGGGUCUACAACUGUGACUACUAAUUUAAAAUAAUAUAAAGAACUUUUAUAUCUACAGAGCAGUGGGUCCUCUUCUGUGGAGUCCGCCAUGUUUCUACAGUAUCCCAGAAUGGACAAACCAAACACUGGCUCUAGAUAAAGCAUCUCAUGCCCUCAAGUUUCAUGGACACCAUAGGUGUUCCACAGUAAUGGACCACAGUAAUAAGAGGAUGCCUCAUCAGGGGUUUAGGGUUAGGGUUAGACCACAACCAGAAGACCUGAGGGUUCUAGAGGAUUCACAGGUUAAGAGCAAAUCCAAUAAAUAUAAUAGAUGUAUAAACUAAUAAAAGAAUAAAUUCUGGAGCAGACAGGUAGGCAGUGCAGAAACUCCGAAAUGUCGCUCUGGUUCUCAUCAACAGACGCGCAGCUGAGCUUUGGAGUAGCUGUAAUUGAGCUGUAUGCUUAAUAACUUCAGUUUUGUCCAGGUUGAGCCGUAUAAAGUUCUCCUCCAUCCAUAACUUGAUGUCUAAAAUGAGUCGUGUAAAGUGGUGUAUCAUCGGCAUAGCGGUUUAACUUAAAUCUAAAACGUUUACUUUUUGGUGCCACUCGCAACUCCAACUGCAAAGUCACCUGAUUUAGCUUACAGUGCAGUUACUCUGUUAUAAAAGUAGUCAUGCAUUACUGCAAUGUGACACUGUAGUUUUGUUGCCCAUGUUGUCGUGGCAAGUCUUGCUUUCAAAUCUGCUUUCAUUUUGAUAGCAGCAUGUAAGCGUGGCCAAUCGUAGCAUAUUGCCUCGUAACUCAAGCUGUCUUUGAGAAAUCCUGAUUGGAAACAUCCUGCACCGUGUCCAAGUUCAUGUCUAAAUAUAUCUACAUGUCUGCACUUUGAGUGUCUAGAUCAGUAAAUUAACUAAAUGUUAGACACAGCGACUAUAACUCAGGUAUGCAGGUUAACACCUGUGUUAGCUCAGCAUGAAGACAUAAAGAAAUAAAAUACAAUAGAAUAAGGGUGCAGGGUUGCCACUUUGAGUACCAUCUCCUUCUGUCUGAUGCACUGGCAUCAGAUUUGCUGGUAAACUGCUCGUUGCUGCUUUGCAGCUUUUAAUUUUGGGUGAGUACAACUAUUUCCUUCUGUUAAACAUUAAUGCCUCAAAGCUGGAAUCACCACCCGCAGCUCUCAGCAUGCAUUCUCACAGCUUUGUCUAUAGUACAUCUUUCAUCUGCAAACUUACCGUGCAUUCGAAUCCCAGAGGGAAUCGGUAUGUUGUAUGAAACUGGGAACACAGGGCUGGUUUAGCUUUACAUACUAGAGCAUCUGGAUUAGUGGUGCAGGAAAUUCAAAACAGGUCCCGUCACGGAUGAAGCAACAGAGCAGCUUAGAAAGAAGAAAAACUUCGACAGAGGCAACAUGUAUAAUGUAAUAUAAUGUAAGUCUGAUGAUUUCUCAAGGGACGAGCAUUUGAAGGGAAAUUCCCCCCCCCAAAAAUCACAUUAAUAGAGUUCCAAAAUGUGAGCUCAUCACAAAUUACUCAAAGUCUUUGCUGUUGUUUGGCUUCACCAGUGACAAUGUGUUGAAAUAGCUUAAUAAUUACAUAAGAGUCUGUGCCACUGAGACAUAUAGAGCCUAUGGAACAUAAUGUUCGCUGAGUACACUGUGUUCUCUCAAUAUGUGUGUGCUGAAAUGUUGGUGGAUUUUCGAGGGGGUGGAUAUGAUAUGUUGCCUGUCAGGUAUUCCACAUGUUGUGUGUCAGAAGCCUGAAUCAUGAGUUAAGAGACUCGAGUCUUUUGACUGCUGCAACACUUUGUUCGGCGGACAAGGUUUUUAUUUUCUUUGCAAAGAAAAGGUCAGUCAACACACGAGCGGUGAAAGAUGGAGAAAAGACCCCAAAUAUAGGACACCUAGAUGUUUAUACCUGAGGGGCCUCCUUUCACGCCCCUUCUGUCUGUUGCAAGUAGUACACCUAUCGUAUCCUGCAGGAUCUUGUAUUCAGGUGCGGUGUCUCCUUAACAAAAGGCGUUGGUGCCUUUUGUUAAGGAGGGGGGAAGCUAUGCAUCACUAUUUACAGAGACAAAAGGAGCUGGUGACCAUAUUAAGAAGGGGGGAGGUUGUGCGUCUCCAGUGACUGAAACAAAGACAUUAAAUUUACUAUUACAACAGAAAAUACAACAAAUACAGACGUUGAUAUUCUCAGUCACAGUCUCACAGUCAUGAAAUUCAGCAGCUGCAGGUUCCAUUUCAGAGAAUCUGGUUUUCCAGUUCUUGUAGCCUCAGGUCCUCCUCCCAGUCAUGCACGAAACCUACGUGUCAGCCAGUGCUUCCAGAUCAGCUGUGUUGAGACCAGGAGUGUCGUUUUAUGAAGAAGAUGGCCCUUGAGUUGAAUCAGCAGAACUGUUUGGUGCAUUGUCCAAAAUUUUACACUACACAUGUUCAUUUAUCAGCAGUGUUACGGGUAUUGCUCUAGAAAGUUCUCUACAUUAUCCAUGUUGAUAACGUCAGUGAUUACAAAAAGUAAAAGUAUGAAUUACGGUUCCAGAUCUGCCACAAAAGUUUGCGUCAUUUACAAAUAUUAUAUUGGGAAUGAUAAAAACACGCUGAGAGAGUAGAUUCCAUUUGGAUGCCUUCAAGGCGAUAAUUGUUUCCCAUUCAUUUCAACGUUAUAUAACAUCACGUUGCAUGUUUUAUCCCAUUUAUCACAAAUAUGUUAUCUUUAAAUGGGAUUUUGAAUGCGUUUUAAGGCAAUAAUUGUUUGCCAUUCAUUUGAGUGUCAGAGAACAUUGUGUCCUCUGAUUGUUCUCAUAUUUACAUACAUAUUUACAUUAUUGGUUCAUGGUAAACUGGUAGUGUUAUUUGCAUGUUUUCCCCCAUUUACCAGAAAUGUCAUACUUUUUGAAUGGAAUUUUAAAGGCGAUAAUUGUUUCCAAUUCAGUUCAACGUUAGAUAAUGUCAUGUGUGCUUUGAUUGUACUCAGAAUUAAGUUGUUUUUGCAUGUUUUAUCGUAUACCAGAUAUACCAGAAAUCUCAUACUUUUAAAAUGUUUAAUUUUGAAUUUGUAACUGUGCUAACUUUUAAGGCAAUAAUUGUUUCACAUUCACUUCAACAUCAGAGAACAUUGUGUGUUUUGAUUGUUCUCAUAGGUACAUUAUUGUUGCAUGUUAUUGCAGUGUGGACUUUUUAAGUCAGUCUACUCGGGUGAAAGAUAUUUGAGAAUAUGAAUUUUAUAUCACAUUAAGUGUCAAGUUCAUUUUGAUACUGACUGGAUAUGCAUGUAAACAUGCAACGCGUGUGGGAAAUGAUCAACGGUAUUUGUAUGUGUUCAGGACCCUUCCAAGGUGUCACAAGAUAUAUCUGAAGGGUCACGAGAUGAUUAAUGUUGAAAAAUAUUUUAAAUUUGUCUUUUUGUGUAGACUUUUCUCUAAACUUUCCUCUUUUUUUUGGGGUAAAAAGUUGAAUAGCUUUACCUUUUCUGAAACAAUCUUUGUUGGAACUGCGUUGCAUCUAAGGGUCACAUGCCAAGAACAUACUAACAUCACUACGAUCACUUUACUUAGGAACACGUUUCUGAACAGUCCAAACUCAUAUGUGUAGAUUAAGUUAUUUUCACAGAGGAAAUGUGUUGGACUAAUGAAGAACAGCUACUUUAACCACAUGUCUUGUCUUUCUGUUAUGUAUUAGUUUGUGAAGUUGACAACCUCCAGUUUGUUCUUGUAUUUAUUUGAAGAUAACUUAUGAAGCAGAGACUAUAUGGUACUAAUGACUGCAAUAAAUAUUUACUUCUGA